AUGCGUACCUACGACGACUCUUUCAGCGGCCAAAAGAUCUACCCUGGCAAGGGUAAGCUGUACGUCCGUGGCGACAGCAAGAUCUUCCGCUUCCAGAAUGGAAAGUCCGAAUCCCUCUUCCUCCAGCGCAAGAACCCUCGUCGGAUAGCUUGGACUGUCCUCUACCGCCGUCAGCACAAGAAGGGUAUCUCUGAGGAGGUUGCCAAGAAGCGCACUCGCCGCGUCGUCAAGCACCAGCGUGCCAUCGUCGGUGCCUCCCUCGAUGUGAUCAAGGAGCGCCGGUCCCAGCGCCCCGAGGCCCGUGCCGCCGCCCGCCAGCAGGCCAUCAAGGAGGCUAAGGAGAAGAAGGCCGCCACCGAGAGCAAGAAGAAGGCCGACAAGGCCAAGUCCGCCGCCUCUGCUGCCAAGGGUGCUGCUCAGCGCAUCCAGAGCAAGCAAGGUAUUAAGGGCUCUGCCCCCAAGGUCGCUGCCAAAUCUCGUUAA